AUGGUGCGGCACCCCUAUCAAUUGCCAUACGAAGAAGUCAAUCACCUUAAUUCUGGACAGCACCUGCGCCUCUUAUACCCCAAGAGUCUCGAAGCGCAAGAGAAGGCUCUUGAGAAAAGCGCAGGAACGGCGAAACGAACAGAAACCAACACCGCGCGAAUCACCUCGAGAAUCACGAACGAUGGCCUCCAAGAAGACAAGAACGCCACCGAUCCAGGCGCAGCAAUGCUCCAAAAGGUCUUUGGAGUCUUGCGGAUCCUCAGGGACGAAUUCAGCAAGCAGCGGGAAGCGACACGGAGCAUGAUCGGCGACCAGCAAAAGACGAUUCGAGAGUUGGAACAGAAGCUUGACGAAUACAAGCAAGAGAUGCAGGAAACAAAAGCCCAGGUGGCGGAAGAGUUGAGGCAGGUCCGAGGGCAGCUCGACAGCAUCCUAAAGUGUCCUGCAAUGAUCAAUUCCACCCAAACAAGCCGUGCCCCUGCGCAAAGUAGCAACGAACAUAUUGGCAUUCACGAUAUUUAA